AUGGCCCAAACUUCCUCGACCAUGAACAACUCCAGUUCGGAGGAUUCCUAUGACAUGACGGAGGCGAAAGACUUCGCUCCCCCGUCGCAGAAUGCCCCAACUUCCCAGAGUUCAAAGCCCGUGAGGAUUACCUUCAAUGAUAUCGACGGCUUCGAAAACGCAUCCACCAUCGAUCCUCCUGAGAACCUGCUGGCGCAGGCGUUGUCCACCGAAACCGGUUCGAGCAGACCUCGUUCCAUGUCCCACCACCUAUCGAGCACAAAGGUUCCCUCGCGACGGUUGCUGAAGUUGAAAGCCAGAUUCUGGAGAACACUGAUGACGCUCGCGAUGCGCUUCCACGAUUAUGCUCCACCUCGCUCACCCCGACCAUCAUUCAGACGCAAAAUCCCCACUGACACCAUACCGAUCGAACUCUUCUUCUACCUCCCUCCAAGAUACCACGAGACUCUCGCUAGAGACCCUGAGUUCCGCUUUCCCGCCGUUAUCAAUUUUCAUGGAGGUGGCUUUUGCCUGGGGGACGCAAGAGACGAUGCAUACUGGGCUAGAAUCGUGCUGGAACACACCAAUGCCAUCUUUGUGAGCGUCAAUUACCGUCGCGCACCCGAACAUCCUUUCCCCAUACCGGUAGACGACUGCGUCGACUCGAUUCUAUAUGUGGAGGAGCACGCCGCGGAACUGCACAUAGACCCGUCCAAUUUGGCCCUCUCUGGCUUUUCCGCCGGCGCCAACCUGGCUUUCAGCGCCCCGUUCCGGCUGGUAUACCAUCGCAAUAUGAACGCAGUCGACCGAAAGUCAUCUCGGCCCAAUACCUCCCACAGCGUCGAAUCCGACCUGGAGGUCAACGACCGUUCAGGGCAGGACCAUGAAUCCCACCAAUUCGUCACCCCGGUCCACUCGACUUCCAACUUGAUCCGCCAACGGACAAACACACCACUACAAAUCCGGGCCAUCAUAGCAUGGUACCCUCUGCUGGACUGGACCAUGUCACGAGCGCGGAAGAUCCGCGAAUCGCGCAAUCCCAAAAAGUGUCUUCCCAAAACCUUUAUCGACCUGUUCGACUUCUCCUAUCUGCCCCCGCCGGACAUUGCGGGCGAUCACUGCAGCCCCUAUGCCUCCCCGAGCCUUGCGCCGGACCACAUGAUUCGCGAUGGCCUCCCUGAAGAUAUUCAGAUGUGGCUCUGCGAGUGGGACAUGCUGCUCCGGGAAGGUCAAGUUUUCGCCGACCGACUCGACCGUCUCGGCAAGAGGAUCGACAGCAAAUUAAUCCCGCGCGUGCCUCAUGCAUGGGACAAGUCCCCCAAUCCAUUCCGGGACCAGAGGGCCAUUGACAUCUUGUAUACCAAGUCGGCAGUGAACUUGAACAAGGUCUUCCAGGACAAGGAGGGAUUCGGCCCGGCAAACUCCAUGAGCUCUCUGCAUCCUACGGAUUCCAUCAUCGAGAGACAGCCUAGGAGGAGCAUCGUUCUACCGAUUUGA